AUGAAAGUCAUCAUCGUAGGCGGCGGCGUCGCCGGCCUCACACUCGCCAAUGCAUUGGAGAAAGCCGACAUCGACUUUGUCCUGCUGGAGUCACGAGCUCUUCUCGACCCUCAAGUCGGAGCCUCAAUUGGCAUUGCUCCUUCGUCCAUGAGAAUCUUCGACCAGCUCGGCGCGGCGCAGGAGAUCAUGGAUCAGACCACGCCCAUCCAGUGGACCCAUCAAUUCCGCCCAGACGGAUCACUAGUCAUGCCGUCAUCCCCUUCCGUACAGAUCCUGCAAGCUCGCUUCGGAUACAGCUUGGCCUUCCUCGAUCGACAGCUUGUCUUGCGAGCCACGACAAACUCGAUUCACCAGAAGGAGAAGUUGUUGUUGAACAAGAGGGUCAAGGCUGUCGUGCAUAGUGAGACAGGCGUCGUUGUCGAGUGCGAGGAUGGGUCGUCAUACGACGGCGACCUCGUCGUUGGUUGCGAUGGCGUCCAUUCCAAGGUCCGACAAGAGAUGUGGCGCUUGGCAGGCGAGAACAACCCCGAACACUUCACCGAGAAAGAAAGAAGCAGUGAGUUGCGCCCCUCUCCGACUCACCAGCUUCACAAAUGGUACUACGCUGCAUUUCACUUCGAUUUGAGAAGCGUUACCAAGUCCUGAGCAUUGAACAUGCCUAAAAUCAAUGCAUUAGUGUGCGUUGAGCAGGGCUGGAGGAGGCUGUUUGAGGUACGCACUUGCUGACACGUCUCAGAGAUGACCGCCGAGUUUAUCUGCCUCUACGGCAUCAGUAAUUCCGUGCCGGGCAUUCACCAGGGCGAUCUUGGUAACGUCAACGGCAAAGGAAGCUCGUUCCUCGUCAUUGGCGGCAAGGACGGACGGGUAUUUUGGUUCUACUUCGAAAAACUCGACAAAGUCUACCACUACCAUGAGAGCGACUUUCCGAGAUACUCAAGGGAAGACGCCGAGAAGCUCGCAGAGAAAAUGCUAUGGCGACUAUGCUAUGGUAAAAUCUCGUUCAGAACGGUCUGGGAACAGCGUCUGUCGUAUACCUUGGUGCCAAUGGAAGAGGCUCUGUUCGAGAAAUGGAGUUGGGGUCGCAUUGCCACCGUUGGCGACAGCGCACACAAGAUGACUGCUAAUCAUGGACAAGCGGGCAACAACGCAAUUGAAUCUGUCACGGCUCUGGCGAAUUCGUUAAAGCGACUUCACGACAAAGAUGAUACGUCCUCCCUGGCCAUCUCUUCCGCGCUUCAAGGCUGGCGGGAGAAGCGUCGUCGUCGUAUCGAAGCCACAUGCAAGGAGGCCGCAGAAGUAUGUCGAGCACAAUGCUGCAACAGUCUGACAGGAAGAUUUCUUCUUACUGUCGCUCCACCAAGCCUGGCUGAAAAGUUCCUCGCGGACACGUGCACUGACAUGUUCGUCGGAGCUGAAUUACUGGAAUAUCUUCCCUUACCAGACCGCGCGUUCGACGGUAGCUGCCCCUUCAAUCAACACCAAGGCACCGGAAGCAAGGAGAGCAAAUUGCGGAGGGUCUUCAUGGCACUCGGACUCAUCUAUCUUUCUUACUGGGUCGCCACGCGUGGCUCCCAGUCGGAGGACCUUUCCGCACCGGCCGAGGACGACCGGCAUUGGAAGAGCAUUGUUACAUCACUCAAUCUCCAGUUCACGUUAGCAACUUUGUACUUCAUCUGGAUCAUCGAAUCGAGCCGUCGCGCGAACGCCUUCACGCCCAUGCAGAUCCCGUCCGUCUUUGCAUCUCUCGGCUUGAAGUUCGGAGUCGGCAUCGUGGCGCCCAUCUAUUACUUUCUCCAUUACACACUUUCCAGCAUCGAGAAGUUUGCACCAGCCGACAAUCGUCUUACCAACGUCGCUUACAGCCGGACUGCGGCGGCGAGCGUCUUUGCCUGUCCUCUGGCUGCCAUGGUUUGGCAAGCAUUAGGAUUGCCCCCGGUACGAGGGUGGGCAUGCUAUCUCAUCCCUGUCCAUCUAGCUCUUGCACAAUGGUUCCUCGUCAAGACGGGUCUCAGCAAGACGAAUGUCCACGAAGAUGCUAUGACAAAUCCAUGGAAGGAUUUGCCCUUCAUCAGAGUCGGCGUUUACAUGCUGAGUAUCAGUAGUACUUUGCUUCACUGGGUGUGUAUACUCGGAGUGGGCGGCAUUGGUGCGACGACGAAUCAUGAUGUUGCGUACGCGGUCGUCGCCACCACUCAGUGGCUUGCGCUGCUGUUCGUUGACCUUAAGAGCGCGGGUAUGGUGCGAACUUUAUGGGGAAAGAUCUUUCUGUUAUUUUCUUCUGCCGCCCUCACUCUGGGACCAGCUGCAACCCUUUGCUUGGGUGAGUCUAUCCGAAGUAUGCUGGUUUCGUUGAUGAGCUACCUGCUGACUCUUUCAAUCUCAGGUUGGUGGUGGCGAGAGCAAGUUCUCACUCAUGUGAAGGAGAAGCAUGCAGUCACGAGAGAGAAAUACUCUGGUAAAUCGAUUUGGGAGGUUGCCGGUUUGCCUGAAAUCGACGAGAAGAAGAAUGUGCCAGGAAACGGAUAUUCUGAUGGUCAUGCAAAGCUCAGUCGGCAUGUCAAAUCAUCCUAG